CCCGCUCAGCGGUCACAUGACCCCUCAGUUCAGGGAGAAGGAGGAAAAUGGCUGCUGGUUGUGGUUGAAGCGACGCUGGUAACGCCGUCGUCUCUCCUUUUCGGGUUCUCUGACAACGCCUACGGCAAACAGGGCCCUUUCUGCCCUGUGCCGGAGGCCGCCAUCCUCGGGCGAGGUUGUGAGACGGGACUGAAAUAAAGCUUUCUGUGAAAAUGUCAGUUCUGAUAUCACAGAGUGUAAUAAAUUAUGUAGAAGAAGAAAACAUUCCUGCUCUGAAAGCUCUUCUUGAAAAAUGCAAAGAUGUAGAUGAGAGAAAUGAGUGUGGCCAGACUCCGUUGAUGAUAGCUGCUGAGCAAGGCAAUCUGGAAAUAGUGAAAGAAUUAAUUAAGAAUGGAGCCAAUUGCAAUCUGGAAGAUUUGGAUAACUGGACAGCACUUAUAUCAGCAUCAAAAGAAGGGCAUGUCCAUAUUGUGGAAGAACUACUUAAAUGUGGGGUUAAUUUGGAGCACCGAGAUAUGGGAGGCUGGACAGCUCUCAUGUGGGCGUGCUACAAAGGCCGUACUGACGUAGUAGAGUUGCUUCUUUCUCAUGGUGCCAAUCCAUGUGUCACUGGUCUGCAGUACAGUGUUUACCCAAUCAUUUGGGCAGCAGGGAGAGGCCAUGCAGAUAUAGUGCAUCUUUUAUUGCAAAAUGGUGCUAAAGUCAACUGCUCUGAUAAGUAUGGAACCACCCCUUUGGUUUGGGCUGCACGAAAGGGUCACUUGGAAUGUGUAAAACAUUUAUUGGCCAUGGGAGCUGAUGUUGAUCAGGAAGGAGCUAAUUCAAUGACUGCACUUAUUGUAGCAGUAAAAGGAGGCUACACACAAUCAGUAAAAGAAAUUUUGAAGAGGAAUCCAAAUGUAAAUUUAACAGAUAAGGAUGGAAAUACAGCUUUGAUGAUUGCAUCAAAGGAGGGACAUACGGAGAUUGUGCAGGAUCUACUCGAUGCUGGAACAUAUGUGAACAUACCUGAUAGGAGUGGAGAUACUGUGUUGAUUGGUGCCGUCAGAGGUGGUCAUGUUGAAAUUGUUCGAGCACUUCUACAGAAGUAUGCUGAUAUAGACAUUAGAGGACAGGACAAUAAAACUGCUUUGUAUUGGGCUGUUGAGAAAGGAAAUGCAACAAUGGUGAGAGAUAUCUUACAGUGCAACCCGGAUACUGAAACGUGCACAAAGGAUGGUGAAACACCACUUAUAAAGGCUACCAAGAUGAGAAAUAUUGAAGUAGUAGAGCUGCUGCUAGAUAAAGGAGCUAAAGUAUCUGCGGUAGAUAAGAAAGGAGAUACUCCUUUGCAUAUUGCUAUUCGUGGGAGGAGUCGGAAACUGGCAGAACUUCUUUUAAGAAAUCCAAAAGAUGGACGGUUACUUUAUAGGCCCAACAAAGCAGGCGAGACCCCUUACAACAUUGACUGUAGCCAUCAGAAAAGCAUUUUAACUCAAAUAUUUGGAGCCAGACACUUGUCUCCUACUGAAACAGAUGGUGACAUGCUUGGUUAUGAUUUAUAUAGCAGUGCCCUGGCGGAUAUUCUCAGCGAACCUACCAUGCAGCCGCCCAUUUGUGUAGGGUUGUAUGCACAGUGGGGAAGUGGAAAAUCUUUCUUACUCAAGAAACUAGAAGAUGAAAUGAAGACUUUUGCAGGACAACAGAUUGAACCUCUGUUUCAGUUCUCAUGGCUUAUAGUAUUUCUUACCCUGUUACUUUGUGGAGGCUUUGGUUUAUUGUUCGCUUUUACUAUUGACCCAAAUCUUGGAAUAGCAGUUUCAUUGAGCCUCUUGGCUCUGUUACAUAUAUUCUUUAUUGUGAUUUACUUUGGUGGACGAAGAGAAGGAGAGAGUUGGAAUUGGGCCUGGGUCCUCAGUACUAGAUUGGCAAGACAUAUUGGAUAUUUGGAACUCCUCCUCAAACUGAUGUUUGUGAAUCCACCUGAAUUGCCAGAGCAAACUACUAAGGCUUUACCUGUGAGAUUUUUGUUUACAGACUACAAUAGGCUGUCCAGCAUAGGUGGAGAAACUUCAAUGGCUGAAAUGAUCGCUACCCUCUCGGAUGCCUGUGAAAGAGAGUUUGGCUUUUUGGCAACAAGGCUUUUUCGAGUGUUCAAGACUGAAGAUACACAGGGUAAAAAGAAAUGGAAAAAAACAUGUUGUCUCCCAUCAUUUGUCCUCGUCCUUUUUAUCUUUGCCUGCAUCAUUGCUGGAAUCACUCUUCUGGCUAUAUUCAGAGUUGACUCAAAACAUCUGACAGUGAAUGCUGUUCUCAUAUCAGUUGCCUCUGUAGUUGGGUUGGCCUUUGUGUUGAACUGUCGUACAUGGUGGCAAGUGCUGGACUCACUCCUGAAUUCUCAGAGAAAGCGCCUACAUAGUGCUGCCUCCAAACUGCACAAAUUGAAAAGUGAAGGAUUCAUGAAAGUUCUUAAGUGUGAAGUGGAAUUGAUGGCCAGAAUGGCAAAAACCAUUGAUGGCUUCACUCAGAACCAGACAAGGCUGGUAGUUAUCAUUGAUGGGUUAGAUGCCUGUGAACAGGACAAAGUACUUCAGAUGCUGGACACUGUCCGAGUUUUAUUUUCAAAAGGCCCAUUCAUUGCCAUUUUUGCAAGUGAUCCACAUAUUAUUAUAAAGGCAAUUAACCAGAACCUCAAUAGCGUGCUUCGUGAUUCAAACAUAAAUGGACAUGACUACAUGCGCAAUAUAGUUCAUUUGCCCGUUUUCCUUAAUAGUCGCGGACUAAGCAGCGCAAGAAAAUUUCUUGUGACUUCAGCAACAAAUGGGGACAUACCGUGUUCGGAUCCCGCAGGGAUACAGGAAGAUAGUGAUAGAAGAGUUUCACAAAACAGCCUGGGGGAGAUGACCAAACUUGGUAGCAAGACAGCCCUCAAUAGACGGGAUACUUACCGGAGAAGACAGAUACAGCGGACAAUCACUCGGCAGAUGUCCUUUGAUCUUACAAAACUGUUGGUUACUGAGGACUGGUUCAGUGACAUAAGUCCUCAGACCAUGAGAAGAUUACUUAAUAUUGUUUCUGUGACAGGGCGAUUACUGAGGGCCAAUCAGAUUAGCUUCAACUGGGAUAGGCUUGCUAGCUGGAUCAACCUCACUGAACAGUGGCCAUACCGAACUUCAUGGCUCAUAUUGUAUUUGGAAGAAACUGAAGGUGUUCCAGAUCAAAUGACGUUAAAAACCAUUUAUGAAAGGAUAUCCAAGAAUAUUCCGACAACUAAAGAUGUUGAACCACUGCUUGAAAUCGAUGGAGAUAUAAGAAAUUUUGAAGUGUUUCUGUCUUCAAGGACCCCAGUUCUUGUGGCUCGAGAUGUAAAAACCUUUUUGCCAUGUACUGUGAACCUAGACCCCAAACUACGGGAAAUUAUUGCAGAUGUUCGUGCUGCAAGAGAGCAGAUUAAUAUUGGUGGACUUGCAUACCCCCCGCUACCUUUGCACGAAGCGCCUCCUAGACCCCCAUCAGCUUCCAGCCAGCCUCCAUCUGUCUGUUCUUCCACUUCUUUUACUGGACCGUUUGGAGGUGGAGUUGUGUCUCCACAGCCUCAUAGCAGCUACUAUAGUGGGAUGACAGGACCUCAGCACCCGUUCUAUAACAGGCCAUUCUUUGCCCCAUACCUUUACACGCCAAGGUAUUACCCUGGCGCUUCCCAACAUCUCAUCUCACGUCCAUCAGUAAAAACGAGUUUGCCCAGAGAUCAGAACAAUGGCCUAGGGUCAGGCCCAGCCUCUGGACCAUUAAUAUCACUGAAUUCAAUGAAUGUGGAUGCAGUGUGUGAGAAACUAAGACAAAUAGAAGGACUGGACCAGAGUGUGCUGCCUCAGUACUGUGCAACCAUCAGAAAGGCAAAUAUAAAUGGCCGUGUGUUAGCUCAGUGUAACAUUGAUGAACUGAAAAAAGAGAUGAAUAUGAAUUUUGGAGACUGGCACCUUUUCAGAAGCACAGUACUGGAAAUGAGAAAUGCAGAAAACCAGGUCGUCCCUGAAGACCCACGUUUACUUAAUGAAAACAGUGGUGGCCCAGUUCCUCAUGGUGAACCUGCUCGUCGUUCUUCACACAGUGAAUUGCCUCACACUGAGCUUUCCGGUCAAACUCCCUACACACUGAACUUCAGCUUUGAAGAACUGAAUACGCUUGGCCUAGAUGAAGGUGCCCCACGUCACAGUAAUUUAAGUUGGCAGUCACAAACUCGCAGAACCCCAAGUCUUUCAAGUCUCAAUUCCCAGGAUUCCAGUAUUGAAAUUUCAAAGCUUACUGAUAAGGUACAGGCUGAGUAUAGAGAUGCCUAUAGAGAAUAUAUCGCUCAGAUGUCCCAGUUAGAAGGGGGUGCAGGUUCUACAACAAUUAGUGGCAGGUCUUCUCCACACAGCACAUAUUAUAUGGGUCAGAGCCCAUCAGGGGGCUCCAUUCAUUCUAAUCUGGAACAAGAAAAAGGGAAAGACAGUGAACCCAAGCAAGAUGAUGGAAGGAAGCCAUUUGUAAUGAAGAGGGGGGAUGUUAUAGAUUAUUCAUCAUCAGCUGUUUCCACUACCGAGGCCUCACCCCUGGAUCCCAUCACUGAAGAAGACGAAAAAUCUGAUCAGUCAGGCAGUAAACUUCUUCCGAGCAAGAAGUCCUCGGAAAGGUCAAGUCUCUUCCAGACAGAUUUGAAGCUUAAGGGAGGCGGACUGCGCUAUCAAAAACUUCCAAGUGACGAAGAUGAAUCUGGGACAGAAGAAUCAGAUAAUACUCCAUUGCUCAAAGAUGAUAAAGAUAAAAAAGCUGAAGGAAAGAUAGAGAGAGUGUCAAAAUCUCCGGAACACGGUGCUGAGCCUAUUAGAACCCUCAUUAAAGCAAAAGAUUAUUUAUCAGAUGCACUCCUUGACAAAAAGGAUUCCUCAGAUUCAGGAGUGAGAUCCAAUGAAAGUUCUCCCAAUCACUCUCUUCACAACGAGGCGGCUGAUGAUUCCCAGCUUGAAAAGACAAAUCUCAUUGAGCUUGAAGAUGAUAGCCACAGUGGAAAACGAGGAAUACCACAUAGCUUGAGUGGCCUUCAAGAUCCAAUUAUAGCUCGUAUGUCCAUUUGUUCAGAAGACAAGAAAAGCCCUUCCGAAUGUAGCCUGAUAGCCAGCAGCCCUGAGGAAAGCUGGCCAGCGUGCCAAAAAGCCUACAAUCUGAAUCGAACACCUAGUACCAUGACUCUGAACAAUAAUAGUGCUCCAGCUAAUAGAGCCAAUCAAAAUUUUGAUGAAAUGGAAGGAAUUAGGGAUACUUCUCAAGUCAUUUUGAGGCCCGGUUCCAGUUCCAACCCAACUGUUAUUCAGAAUGAAAAUCUAAAAAGCAUGACACAUAAACGAAGCCAACGCUCAAGUUACACAAGGCUCUCAAAAGACACUUCAGAGCUCCGUGCAGUAGCCUCUUCUGACAGUGCAGGGUUUGGAGAAGAAAGAGAAAGCAUUCUUUAAGACAAACAAACAAAAGUAUAAUAGUAUUCUUAUACCCCUAUGACAAAAUUUCCCUGAGUUUUAUAGUGGCUCCAUCCAUGCACAUCAUCUUUGUGCAUUUCAUUCACAGAUAAUUAACCAUUGAUAAGGCCUUUAGUGAAAGAGAGAGUCACAUAUUAUACAGCAGAGGAAAGUAUAAGAAAUGAUUCAUUAACCAGCCUCCAUCUUCUUUGUAAUUAGAAACUUAAAAAUUCACUAUUAUUAUUACACCUCUCAUUGGCACAUAACCCUAUAAAAAUUUUUUGAGAUGAGAUCUGGUAAAAGAUCAGAAAUACUUUAUUAAAUUUAAAGGGCUUAAUUUACCAAAGAAAAUAAAAGGCUAGAGAUUCUUUUUGUAGGACAUUCAUUCAUCAGAUAUUUGAGGGCCUGCUGUGUAGAAGACAUGGUGUGAGAUGAACCAGAAGCGAAUUUCGCUCUUAAGGGUUUUAAUCUAUUUAGGUUAGAAUUUACAGAUCAUGAAGUAGCUCAGAGACUAAAGGUAAAUACUUACAAAUUGAGAAACCAGUGUUCUCUGUAAUAGACAAAUUGCUUAUCAAAGAGAUUUUAAAUUUCAAGUAAAAAAUGUAUAAUUAAAGAGGGCUUUAAACAUUGAUAAGAAGGUACAAAAAAUUGAAAAGAAAGUCAAUCAACAGUGCUCGAAGUGGAUCCCCAGUAACUUGGGGCCAUUAUGAACUACUAUGAGAGUGACCUGGUAGAGGGGCCAGUAACCUCCAUGUUACACGGACACUCUCAGAAUCGCAGACCUGGCUUGUACCACCAUCCUUAUGUACCCAAGAACCCAUCCUGGUCGGCUCUGCCACUCUUUCAAAUUGUGUGGCCAGCUUUUUUUAGUGAAACCAGCAAUGAGAUUUCAAAAAGCAUGAAUUCUUUCUCUGGAGAGUCAGACAUGGAUAAUAAUAAGCACUAAUAAAUAUUUAUGGCAUGAGUGAGUGAGGAAAUAAUUACAUCAGAGAGGUCUAUGACAAUUCAAGGAAAUAAUUAAGUAAAACUAAAUCAUUACUUUCUAUACCAAGGCAAAGUUUAUCUACUUCACCUAUUCCUAAAUCAGCACAUUAGUUUUGGAGGAGACUCAUAAGGGAGAAAAUCAUAACCUUUUUUUUAAGAGUUAAAUGUAACCAGGAAUAAAAAAAUAUACAGCUGGUGUGACUGUAGGACUUUAUAGGUUCCUUUAAUUGUCAACAGAGUUAAAAGAAUGAUCACACUUAAGUAUUGUGUAGAUUAGAAGUGUACCCUCUUCUCAUGCAGUGAGAAUAUUUUGUCUUUUUAAAUGUAGCUUAUUUAUGUAGAAUUAAUUCUGGCAAUAAGUCACAGAUAGAACGAUUUUAGGUGGUGAGGUUGUAGAUGUAUGAUUAUCUAAAUUUAGUGCUACAUUUGUAUGUUUCUCACUUAAUGGAGUUUUAUUAAUAUACUGAAUAAAUUAUUUACUUGACCAGUUAUUGCACUAAAUAGUUGCUCUCUUGUGUUUCGUUGCUUUGAUGUCUAAGUGUAACCUAACAGUUUCAUAAAGUAUUUAUUUUGCAUGACCUUUAACAAGUGUUUUAACCAAUUUUUUAAAAAGGCAGGAUGUUAUUGACAUGAUACAUUGAAAUGUUAACAUUUUCAUAUUUAUCGUGUUUAUUUAUAAUAUUGUAUAACUAGUAAUUAUUUCUGAAGCAAUAUUUUAUUCCUUGUCAGGUGAGUAGAUGCAGUUUAAUAUCAUUGCAGUACAUGCAUUAUACUGUUUGUGGAAUUCAUAUUAGAUUAUUAAGUGUACAAAUAGAUUUAGAAAACAAUAAAGUAGCAUGCUAUUCUGA